AUGGAUUGGCAGGGGCAGAAGAGUGCGGAGAUGCUGAUGCAGGUGCUGCUGGUGGCGUCAGCGGUGGCGGCGUUCCUGGUCGGGUACGCGAUGGCCGACUUCCAGCUCAUGCUGCUCGUCUACGCCGGCGGGGUUGUCCUCACGGCCCUCGUCACCGUCCCCAACUGGCCCUUCUUCAACCGGCACCCGCUCAAGUGGCUCGACGCCGCCGAGGCUGAUCGCCACCCCCGCCCUCAGAUCAGCAGCGCACCAGCGACUACUGGGGGUAAGAAGAAGACCGGGAAAAACAAGUAG